AUGACUGCUAUUUCAUUUCCAGGUGUUGUUAAGUUUGUUCUGCGAUCCACCCAGAGGUGCUUGGCACCAGGCUUAAAACACCAGAGCUCAGACGCAUUUCUACACAGAACGGUGGCCGGGCCGGGAGCUCUGCACACGGGAGCUCUCCGCACGAAGAGGAGCCCGACCACCGUCCACCGUCCUGGUCCACGCUGCGAAGGAAUGGCUGUGGCCCUGCGGCGACCCAUCCCGGCGCUCGCCUCCAGGGCCACCCUGGCGUGUCGAGGCCACGGCUGCCGGCGCUGGAACUCCAGUUUGGAUGAGGUGGAUUCGUGGCACUGGUCACUGACCAGCGAGCAGGAGAAGGAUGGCAUCGACAGGAAGAGGCAUGAGCCGCGAGGCGUGCCCUGCCGACGGAUGAUGUCAGGCUCCAGCGAGACCACGGCGAGCCAUCGGCUCUUCCCCCGGACCACCUACGAGGGGCAAGCAGAAGAAGAUGUCUCUUCGUGGCUACAGAAGAUGAACACCUGCGUGGGCGCCUUCCUGCGGAGCACCUUCGUAAAAGGCCGUCCGGCCGAGGAUCUCUCCCGCAAGUACCACAUCGGUGAGGAGCUUGGUAGUGGUGCCACUGCCACCGUGUUCCGGGCGAAGAACAAGCGCACUGGACAGGAAGUGGCCUUGAAGGCCAUGUGCAAGGAUCGCAUCCAAGAUGAGCAGAUGCUUCGCAAUGAGAUUAGCAUCCACAAGGCGACGGAUCAUCCGAACAUCUUGCGACUUCUGGAGAUCUUCGAAGAUGAAAAGAAUCUCUUCUUGGUCACUGAGUUGUGCGGCGCUGGUGAUUUGGGCAGGCUGCUGAUGGCCAGCCAAGAUGAAUUCAGCGCCAACAUGGUCUCAGAAGAGGAGGCCUUUGAGAUCUUGAAGCAGAUCUUGAAUAGCAUUGUCUACUUGCACUCGAGAGGGAUCGUGCACCGGGAUUUGAAGCCAGGCAACUUCCUCUGCUGUGCUCCGGACUCCAAGUCUCAAGAUGAGUCGCAAAACGUGGCGGGGAAGAUCCGGGUCAUCAAGUUGGCCGACUUCGGCGUGUCCUCCUACUGCCACGUGAAGCAUCGGCUCACGCGGAAGUGUGGUACCGAUGGCUUCAUGGCGCCGGAGAUCAUCCGCAACCAACCCUACGAUCAGAAGGCAGACCUCUUCUCCGUCGGUUGCAUCUUGCACUGGCUUCUCACUGGCCAUGCCCCAAAGGCAAAAGAGGACGGCAGCUACGUGAUGAGCAAGAUUCGGCUGAACUUCGUGUCUGCCGAGGCACGAGAGCUGGUACACCAACUCACCAGGCCCGAGCCCUCGGAGCGUCCCUCAGCCGUGGAGGUCAUGCAGAUGCCCAUGCUGCAGACCUCCAUGGAACGGCUACGCAAGCGCAGCGCGCGCAUGGACGCGCAGCUCUUGGAUCAGAUGCAUGCCUAUGGGAACUUUCCCUUGCUCAAGAAGGCUGCGCUGGUCGCCAUGGUCUCCCGAGCCGAGUCGGACGAGGACUUUGCUCCCAGCAUCGAGCGCUUCAUGUCAUUGGACCGGAACAUGACCAGCAGCAUUGACGUGGAGGACUUGUACGGCGCUUUGAGCGAGGAGAUGUUGGAGGACAUGCAAAGCCUGGUCCGAAAGUCUCUGGCAGUGACCACUUCGCGCCCGGAGGGCAGCCGGGGCUCCAGAGCCCGGCAGUCCCAGAGGCGGCCCAGUGUAGCAUCAAAGAGCCUGAGUAGGCACCUGCGGACGUCGAUGAUGGAUCGCUUUCAAACGGACUUGAAGAAGGACGUGGAGCGAUUGGUCAACAAGGUGGACGCCACUGGGACUGGGCACAUCAGCUACUCCGAAUGGCUCGCGGCGACCGCCGACCCGGAAUGGUACACGGACCCGUUCCACAUCAAUGCCACCUUCAGGCUCUUUGACUUUGACGGCGACGGAAUGAUCAGUGAGGAGGACUUGAAGUCGGUCAUCCCUGACGUCUUCAAGAAGCUCACAGUGACCGCGGUCCUGCAGGAAUCGCAGCUGUCGGCGCAGCAGACCAGCUGGAUCAGCCAGGAGUGCUUCUCGUUGCUCCUGCGGACGCAGAACGCUUCGGUCUUCACGCUGCAGCGGAUCUGUGAUGGGAAUGAAGAUCCCGUGCGCGGAACGGCCUGA